AUGGUACGCGUCUCGUUGCUCAUCAUUGGAUUUCUUGUACCCACCAUCCUUGCCAUUGGCUUUACCAACUUUGCUGAUGUGCCAUGUGGGAGAGGGGCUAGGGGCACAAGGAGGCCGAAAGUCGUGGGGGGAGAGGAUACUCUCCCAGGGGAAUUUCCUUGGCUGGUGAGCAUCACUCGAUUGGGGGGACACUUCUGUGGGGGUACUGUCAUCAAUUCAAGAUUUAUUCUUACUGCCGCUCACUGCAUUUGCACUACAACUGGGACAAUGCCCCCUCGACAACUGAAGGUAACCCUCGGUGAAUAUAAUUUACGUGGACCAGAGACGCCAGCCUCAGUACCUACUGGCGUACGUAAUAUCGUUAUACAUCCCGACCACAAGUGUGGCAAGUACGUGGACGACAUUGCAAUACUGGAGUUGGAAUCACCGAUAAGUUGGACGGAUAGUGUACAACCUGCUUGUCUUCCCACGGCACGGGGUGAAAAGGGUUACCAGGGAUUUGGUGGGGUGAAUGCAGUUGCAGCUGGUUGGGGAUGGCUGGGUGAAGAUAAAUCAAAAUAUAAACGAGCUGAUAUUCUGCAAAAAGUUAACAUCAAUAUUGUUGAGAAUGAGGUGUGCAGAGAGUGGUACAAGAGCCAGGGACAGAAGACCAGGGUUGUGCCUCAGCAGAUGUGUGCUGGGCAUGAAGAUGGUGGAAGGGAUUCUUGCUGGGCUGAUAGUGGUGGUCCACUGAUGGUCGGAAGCCAUUACGGCGACAGUACACUAGUCGUUGGAGUUGUCUCAUCUGGCAUAGGAUGCGCCAGACCACGACUUCCGGGUAUCUACACUAGAGUGUCUGAAUACAUCCCAUGGAUCGCCGCGCAAAUGAUUUGA